AUUCAGCUGAUUUUAGAGUAAUGUCCCAGUCCCAGACGAUAGAUUAAAUCAGUCAAGAGAAAGUACAGUUUUCAUAAUAUUUCAUUUUGACUAAUAUACGAUUUCAGUUGAUAGACAGUUACACUGGGCUUCCGUCUCAAUGGUAUAACCAUGAAAGACAUAGGAAACCCAGGAAAGGAGCCACCUGAAGACCAUUCCUCCAGGCGCCGUGAGGAUUGGCCUCGUGAGUCGGAGCCAAGGUUACAUUUCCCGCUUGUAACCCAACGGGAUAUCUUCCCUGUGGCAGAUAGUCGUGUGACGCUCACGCCACACGAGCCCACCCGCUUCCUGACACUUCACAGAACAGUCUCGCUGACCUCCACCGCAGCCACGCUCCACCCAAGGCUUCAGGUGACAAAGUCCACCGCGCCUCAUGGAAGGUUGCCUCUGGCCAGGAACGGGGUGACUCAGAGGGAACUGCGAGCAGCAGUUGGGCCGAUGGGCCGGGCACCUGGAGGAGACCCUAGGAGCAUCGCGGCAGCUGGUCAGUCCGCACACAUGAUGCAGGCCAGCCCCUCUGGGAGUGGAUUGGACCUGACGGGCUCUGCAGGCCCGAGGCCACUCAGACCACUGCCUCCUGCAGAGACGAGGCCCAGGGAGCCCAGCAGACCCACGCAGCCGAGAGCAAGCAGGCGCCGCAACAAAACAAUGCAGGGUGAGCCGGUCCAAGCAGAAGAACCGUCCCGAGUUGUUCGCCUGGAACCAGUUCCACCACCACAGUCUCUGGCAGCACCUAGCGACAUCGGGAGGCGCCCAGGAAGACGCCGAGCAAGGCACAAUCGUGACUCUCCGGCUUAUACGUAUGUGUCAGCAAACACAAAUGAAUGCGUUUGCUUCGCUGCUGGUGACAGCAUUAGCACCCAUUGGAGUGAGUACCAGGAAAGGACCAGGCCACGGACGGCACCACGACUUCCUCCAUUCGAGCGAUCUCCACUGGCCCCGAGGCCACGUCUUCUACCCAGGAGGCCACAAAUGGACCCCAGACGCCUCAGUAGCACUGUUGACCAAUCCACCACACUCCCUCCACUGAGCCAGAAUGCAUCUAUGGUCUGUAACAUCAGGGAUCAACAGCAGAUGAGGGAGCUCCAGCAGGCAACCAGCGUGCCUCACAGCACAGCCUGGGAUCACGAGCCGCCACGCAUGAUCCUGUCCGCCUUGAGAGAGACGCAGCAGCAGCAGCAGCAAGCAUCCGUCAGCCUCCACGGCCGCGGGAGUAACGUAGCCGCUUCCUCUAGGACCCAGAGGGACAGUGGGUAUGAGCAGGAUGUGCACAGUGUCAUCCCCGAGCACGCAGUUCCACUGGAGACUUUGCAAAGCGACGCCAGAGAACGCAGACGCACGUGCAGACCGCCGCACAGGCGCCGGAGACGCCUCACGCUCGCCUUGCCGAUGGCCCGCACCUUCCGUCUCAGAACCCGCAAGCCCAUGUCCACUCACAGAGUGGUCCUUGGGUGAGCGCCGCGGCGCUGUGUGUCUGCGGGGACUUGGACUCAGACAGUCAGUCAGAGGAGGAUCCAUUUGUCAACUUCCAGUCCCCAAUUCACUCACCAUCAGUUGGACACACGGGUACACAUGAUGCUACUAAUAUCAGCACAACAAUUAGAAGGAUCCAAGCAUAACAGAAGGGAUGGCAUUUGAUUUUCCACCAUAUCAACAUCAGAGGCCACAAACUCUAUCGAUACAUCAAGGCAUGAAUCUGUGCAUACUAGGAGCACACUGGUCCUCUAGGUUUGGCCAGAGGAUGAUAGAAAUGGAGCUGUGUGUCGGCGGGGAUUUGGAUGUAGACAGGUAAGGCCUACUCAACAAACACCCAUAUCACUACAAAUCAAUGCUCAGUGUCAGAAACACAGUAGACUGCUUUUAGUAAUCUGCUUCUCUUUCAGAGUCGAGGGGUCUACUCAACAUCAACUGGACACACAGGCAAACUUGGUCGCUACUUUGACCAGCACAAUGAUUUGAAGGACCCUGCAUAAGAAGACAAGAGGUGGCACAUUUUAGGAGUUGCAUCAACAUCACAAGCCACACCAUCUAUGCUCCUGAUCAUCUAUUACUGCAUACUGGAUGACAGGAAAGGAAAUGUGUGUCAGUGGGGACUUGGGUUUAGACAGAGGAUCCAUCUGUCCAUUUCCGGUCCCCGUUUACUCAACAUCAACUGGACACACGGAGAAACAUGCCGCUAGUACUUACACCAGCUCAAUGAUAUGAAGGACCCGCCCUGCAUAGCAGGCGAAGAGGUGGCACUUUUUGGCUAUGUCAUCAACAUUGGAAGUCACAUGACCUAUGCUAUCAGACAUCCCUCUGAGCACACAAAGAGCACACUACCCCUCUAGAAUGAUAGAAUGUGUUAAUGUGUUAAUGUGUUAACAUAGUUAAUUAAGUAAGUGUCUAUUUAACAUGUCUUACUGCCACGAACACACAGUAUAACAUUUUUGUGUUCUCUCCACUUCUCUUCUACAGCUGAGGGGUCUAUUUGUCUACUUCCAGUCCCCAGUUACUCAACAUCAACUGGACACACAGGCAAGCUUGGCACUACUCACAGUUCACCAGCGCAAUGAUAUGAAGGACCCACCCUGCGUAUCGGGGAAAAAAGAGGUGGCACAUUUUGGCUUUCCCAUCAGAAGCCACACCUAUGGCACCUAUGUGCCCACCACCCCUCCAGGAUAACAAGAGAAAGAAAUUUGUGUCAGUAGGGACUUGGGUUUGGACAGUUGAUGGACCCAUCUGUCUACUCCCAGUUCCCAUGAACUCACCAUCAACUGGACACACAGGCACACCCAACACCACAAAAUAUCAGGGCAUAGAGAAGAAGGAUUCCAGCACGGAUUCAGAAGAGCUGGAAUGUUUUGCCUAUUACUUAAACCACAUCAGGACCGAACACAUCAAUCAUACAUAACAGGUCUCUGUAAGUGAGGACUGAGAACCCACCCCCUGGCUACAAGUCCAGCAGGUGAAAAGGAAUGAAAUUGUGUGUCGGUGGGGAGUCGGAUUAAGACAGCCUAGGUUCCAUCCAUCUGUUUCCACUCCCCAUUCAAUCAACAUCAACUGGACACACAUGAGAAUAGUCUCAAAGAUAAGGAUCUAAAUAAGGAAGAACUUAAGAAGACAUCUCUUUCAGACAGGAUUUGAGAUGGUAUAUGCAAAGUUGACACACCUAUAUUUUUUACUCAAACUUCAACCAAAUUGGAACCCAAUUUGUGUCUCAAGACUCAGGCAAAGACUCAGGCAUGACUCUCAGAUCUCAUUGCUGUAAACUGUCACCCAUCAUGAAGCUUUUCACGGCCUUCCUCCCUGUUUUACCCUCCCUUUAUUGAUCUUCCUCUAACUUUCACUCAUUCUGCAAUAAAAUAAACAUUUUAAA